AUGGCAGAAGAACCCACAAUCGUCUUAGAGACACACAUCUACUCGAACCCGGCAACCCUCUCCUUCUCGCCAGGCUGGACCAGAAGCUUCCACCUCCGCCUCUCCCCCUCAACAGCCACGAAAUCCCAACUCCUCUCCCUCGUCCGCGCCUCCAUCGCCCGCCUAGGCCGCGCAGACCCCAUCGUCGAGGCGCAAAUCACGCUCUACUGGACCUCCCGCACCGGCCGCGUCGUGUCGCUCCCUGGCGACGGCGGCGGCAGCAUGGCCACGGUCACGAUGCCCGUGUGGCAGCAACGGCCUCCUCCCCACCUAAUGACCUUCAACGUCGGAUACCCCGCGCUCGUACAGCCUUCUCAGCUGCUGCCACUACCGCGGAUGACCAUGGACCCUCCGAUGCCCUUGGCCAUGACAUGCUCCAACGGCGUAAACUACCUCCACUCCUACGGCAACCCUGCUAUGCAGCAGCAGCCUGCGUACCCGGCCAUCGUCCCCGCCGGACAGCAGACUUGGAUCAUGGGAGGCGGUCCGCCCCAGCUCAGCUUCGUCAACGUAAACGUGCCCACCUCUAACAUCGGUGGUGGUGGUGGUGGUGGUGGUAAACCCGUGGUCUCAGACGUCAUAAGAGAAGCCCGGCUAGACAGAAUUGCCGAGGCCGUGCUAGGCGGGAUGCUGGAGUGGGUUUGUGGACCUACGGGGCUCAAGUUGAUUGUCGUUGUUGAUGUCGAUGGGAGGGACGUUGUGCCCGUUGUUGUCCCUGCUGCUCCUGUUGCGGCUGCGGCUGUCGCCGGGACUCCUCCCACGCCUGUGGCGGCUUCCCAUUCUUCUUCCCCUGCAGCUACCACACCCGUCGCUCCGGCUUCGCCCACAUCCGCGCCGGCCUCGCCUGGCCCUGCUACACCUCCUCCUCCUCCUCCGGCGACUUCCUAA